AAGAUUCUCUCGGCACACGCGACGCUUCUUCUUCUCCCUUUUAUAAUCUCGAGACGACAACGGAACAGAUCACGGAGAGAGAGAGAGAGAGCUAUGGUGGCGUUACGAAUGAGGAAGGCGACGACGCUUCUAUUUUCCGGUGGGAUUACUCAGGGAACGGAUCGGAUCGCGAGAACGGGAGCAUUGCUCAGCCGUUGGAUCUCCUCUGCUUCAUCAUCAUCAUCUUCAGUUGUCGUGGUAGAGGAUGACGAAUCUGGUGGGGUUUACGGAUUGGGAAGUGUUUUGAAGGAGUAUGAAGAUUAUAGGAGAUCUCUGUACGGUGAUAUCACGCACAAGGCUUUGCUUGUUGAUGCUGUUGGUACUCUCCUUGUUCCUGCUCAACCUACUGCUCAGAUAUACAAGAAUGUUGGAGAGAAGUAUGGAGUUGAGUACUCGGAGGCUGAGAUACUUACUAGAUACAGAAGAGCUUAUCAGAAGCCAUGGGGUGGAUCUCAUCUUAGAUAUGUAGAUGAUGCGAGACCUUUCUGGCAGUAUAUAGUGACUGAAUCAACAGGCUGUUCGGAUUCUCACUACUUUGAAGAGCUUUACAGCUAUUUUACUACAGAAAAGGCGUGGAAGUUAUGUGAUCCAGAGGCAGAGAAAGUGUUUAAGGCUAUUAAAGAAGCGGGUGUAAAAGUUGCCAUUGUGUCCAACUUCGAUACUCGGUUAAGACCUCUUCUAAGAGCACUGAGAUGUGAAGACUGGUUUGAUGCUGUAGCUGUUUCAGCAGAAGUUGAAGCGGAGAAACCAAACCCGACUAUCUUCUUGAAAGCUUGUGAGUUAUUAGGAGUGAAACCUGAGGAUGCGGUUCAUGUAGGAGACGACCGUAGGAAUGAUGUAUGGGGUGCUAGAGAUGCGGGAUGUGACGCUUGGCUAUGGGGAAGUGAAGUUACUUCCUUUAAACAGGUUGCUCAACGGAUAGGAGUGAAGGUCUGAAGCAAGAGCAUAUAAGAGAAUUGGUUCAGACAUGUUCAGGCUUCAGUUUUAGCUUUUGCUUUUUCCUGAGCAGUUUUGUACAUUUGAUUUCUCUUUCGUAGUAUAAUUUGUGUGUAUAUGUUGUUGCUUAUGUAAAAAAAAGCCCAGAAAAUAAUGUACUCUAUGAUCGAUCAAUAAAGCUUCAUGAUCAUCCUUGAUCUGAACAGAAGUCUUAUA